AUGUCUUUCAGAUACCUUGCCACCAUGGCCAUCCUGGCCUCCGCCGCUCUGGCCAAGACCGACCUCACCGGCUGCACUUCCUCCGACUCCGUCGUCACGCCUUCCGGCGGCGGCACUCCCUACGCAACCCGUGUCUACUACGUCCCCGACACCGGCGAGAUCUGCGCCGCUCUCGACUGCGGCGGCGGCCGCGCCCCUCCCAAGACGACCGUCCCGGGAUGCCCUUCCUACGAGGGCACCGAGACCUACUCCCCGUCCUUCCUGCCCCUCAAGACCACUUCCGCCGUUGUCGCCCAGUCUACCCAGGCCACCGUCACGACCAUGACCCCCAAGGGUGACUCGACUGCCUCUGCCUCCGGCUCCGGCUCCGUCACCGCGGCCGCUGACAGCAGCUCCAUGAGCGGCAGCAAGUCGGACGACGUCCAGGUCCAGACCGACACCCUCUUGACCGUCACCAGCUCCAUGGCGGCCACCACCGCGGCACCCGGCAACGGCACCAUUGCUACGACUGGCAGGUCUGGCAGCAGGACGACUGGCACCGGCGCUGGCGCCUCCGGCUCGCCUACCAGCGUCCCCAACGGCGCUGCCGCUGGUGUGUCCAACAUGUUCGGCCUCAUGGCUGGUGUUGCACUCGGUGCGGCUGCGUUGCUGUAA